CGGGACACGCAGAGGAGCCCGAGGUACCAGACUCCUUCAGAGUGAAGCCUUCUGGGACCUUCCCACCCCACCGAGCCACCAUCUGGAUGCCGAAAUUCCUGGCUGAGACGCGAUGUGGCGUGGAAUACCUCAGUGGGAGAGCAUUCGGGCCUUCGCACCUCCUGGAGAAUGGCUUCUGCUUGGCGGAGACUGGAUUUCUAUGUCUCUUUCCUGAAAAGCCAGCUAAGUGGUGGGCCAGAUAUCAUCAGCGGAGGAAGGAGAGUGAUCCCAGGAUGCCCCAGAUGUAUUUACAGUGCCACGGGGAAGUGGACAAAAGAGUACACGUUGCAGACGAGAAAGGAUGUUGAGAAAUGGUGGCAUCAACGAAUAAAAGAACAAACCUCCAAGAUAUCAGAAGCGGAUAAAUCAAAGCCCAAGUUUUAUGUGCUUUCCAUGUUCCCUUAUCCUUCUGGAAAGUUGCACAUGGGCCACGUGCGUGUGUACACCAUCAGCGACACCAUUGCACGGUUCCAGAAGAUGAGAGGGAUGCAGGUCAUCAACCCCAUGGGAUGGGAUGCGUUCGGACUGCCUGCCGAAAAUGCAGCGAUCGAGAGGAAUCUACAUCCAGAAAGUUGGACACAAAGUAAUAUUAAACACAUGAGGAAGCAGCUUGAUCGGCUGGGCCUGUGUUUCAGCUGGGAUAGGGAAAUAACUACGUGUUUGCCAGAUUACUACAAGUGGACCCAGUACCUCUUUGUUAAACUCUAUGAGGCUGGACUGGCCUAUCAAAAGGAGGCCUUGGUUAACUGGGACCCAGUGGAUCAGACGGUGCUUGCCAACGAGCAGGUGGAUGAGCACGGCUGUUCGUGGCGUUCUGGAGCAAAGGUGGAACAGAAGUACCUCAGACAGUGGUUUAUUAAGACAACUGCUUAUGCAAAGGCCAUGCAGGACGCGCUGGCCGACCUUCCGGAGUGGUAUGGAAUCAAAGGCAUGCAGGCCCACUGGAUCGGGGACUGUGUGGGCUGCCAUCUGGACUUCACAUUGAAGGUGGACGGGCAAGUCACGGGAGAAAAGCUGACAGCCUACACGGCGACCCCCGAGGCCAUUUACGGCACCUCCCACGUGGCCAUCUCCCCCAGCCACGGACUCCUGCACGGGCUCAGCCCCCUGAAGGAAACCUUUCGGAAGGCACUCGUCCCUGGCCAAGACUGCCUCACACCCGUGAUGGCCGUGAACAUGCUCACCCAGCGGGAGGCCCCUGUCGUUAUCUUGGCCAACGCUGACUUUGAGGGCUCUCUGGAUUCCAAAAUAGGAAUUCCCAGCACCAGCCCGGAGGACGCCAGCUUAGCCCAAACCCUAGGCCUACCCUACUCCCACGUCAUUGAGACUUUGCCGGAUGGCACAGAGAGACUCCGCGGCUCUGCUGAGUUCACAGGCAUGAACCGGCAGGAUGCGUUUGUAGCCUUGACUCAGAAAGCCCGGAGGAAGGGAGUCGGCGGAGAGGUGACAAGUAACAAACUGAAGGACUGGCUGAUUUCGCGACAGCGGUACUGGGGCACGCCCAUCCCCGUGGUCCACUGCCCGGCCUGUGGCCCCGUGCCAGUGCCGCUGCAGGAUUUGCCCGUGACCUUGCCCCACAUCACGUCUUUUACCGGCAAGGGAGGCUCCCCACUGGCCGCGGCUUCGGACUGGGUGAACUGCGCCUGCCCGAGGUGCAAGGGAGCCGCCAAGAGAGAGACGGACACAAUGGAUACCUUUGUUGAUUCUGCUUGGUACUACUUCAGAUAUACUGACCCGCAGAAUGCUCACAGCCCUUUCAGCACCGCGCUGGCAGAUUACUGGAUGCCCGUGGACCUGUACAUUGGAGGGAAGGAACACGCUGUCAUGCACUUGUUCUAUGCAAGAUUCUUCAGCCAUUUUUGCCACGAUCAAAAAAUGGUCAGGCACAGAGAGCCUUUUCGUAAGCUGUUGGCCCAAGGCCUUAUCAAGGGGCAGACAUUCCGCCUGCCGGAUGGACCAUAUCUACAGAGGGAGGAAGUAGAUCUCACAGGGGCAGUUCCUGUUCACGCGGAAACGAAGGAGCCGCUGGAGGUGACGUGGGAGAAGAUGAGCAAGUCCAAGCACAACGGGGUGGACCCCCAGGAGGUUGUAGAGUGCUACGGCAUCGACACUGUGCGGCUCUACAUGCUCUUCGCUGGCCCUCCCGAGAAGGACAUCUUGUGGGAUGUGAAGUCUGAUGCCCUCCCCGGGGUGCUAAGGUGGCAGCAGCGUCUGUGGGCCUUGGUGACGCGCUUCAUCGAGGCCAGGGCUUCCGGGGCGGCUCCCCAGCCCGGGCUGCUGAGGAGCGAGGAGAGAGCCGAGGCCAGGAAGCUCUGGGCGCACCGGAACUCGGUCGUCUCUGAGGUGACCACCUGUUUCACAGAGGACUACUCGCUGAACUCUGCAAUUUCUCAGCUGAUGGGACUCAGCAGUGCCCUCCUGCAAGCUUCUCCGAGAGUCGUCCUCCACAGUCCUGAGUUCGAGGACGCUCUGUGUGCCCUGAUGGUGAUGGCUGCCCCAAUGGCCCCUCACAUCACCUCGGAGCUCUGGGCAGGCCUGGCUCAGGUGCCCAGGAAGCUGUGCGCCCACUAUGCCUGGGAUGCCGGCGUGCUGCUGCAGGCGUGGCCGGCCGUGGACCCGCAGUUCCUCCAGCAACCUGACAUCGUGGAGAUGGCUGUCCUGAUCAACAACAAGGCCUGCGGCAAAGUCCCUGUACCCCAGGAAGUUGCGCGGGACCAGGACAAAGUCCAUGAACUCAUCCUCCAAAGCGAGCUGGGUGUCAGGCUCCUGCAGGGGCGAAGCAUCAAGAAGGCUUUCCUGUCCCCCAGAACAGCUCUAAUCAACUUCUUGGUGCAGGACUGACGGCAUGGAGGGCCCGGGAGGAAGGGGUAGGGGCGUGUGGGCCCAGGGCGGGGACACGACAGGUGUCUUGAAUAUUUACCCUUGAACUCUGAUGGAAGGGCAUGGGUGGCGAGCCUCUGUGGUAGGACCUGGUGCAGGGGUGGGGGCGGGUGUGGGCAGAGGAGAAGGACUCGAGAAGGUGGAGGGGUAGAGCAGCCCCUGCAGGUGGAGGAAGCCAUCUGAGCCCGUGCGAAGCCACCAGAGCUACCACCGGGUUUCUGCAGGAAGGCGAGAAGAGAAGUGAGAACGAGCGUGUGCCUCUCAAGCAGCCUGGGAGCUUCUGACCCCCAGAAACCGCACGGCCUUAGACACACCCCGGGAACAGGAGGGUAAACUAAGGACCCACACACAGUAUUUGGGUUGUGUCCAAAUACCCAGAGUGUGACGUGGAUGCGGUGGUCUUCAGAAGCUGCUGGGAACCAGAAGGCAAGCAGGGCGGGUCCCUCUGCAGACGUCCCCGCUGCCCGGCCUGCUCGGGCGAAGCCGUCACCUCCUGACCACUCUCUCAGGGUGUGACAUUUGCUGCGUAGCGAAGCGGAACCACGCCGGUUGGACCUCGGAUGGAACCAAUCCCAGGGCCCUCCUCAGCCCCACGAGCAGUAUGUUCAUGGGACCCAGACACCACCACCGCGGUUGAUGUGGCCCCCAGGGCCCAUCACUACAAGGGCGAGCUCACCACAGAGGAGUGGCCCUGUGCCACUAGGCGUUACCUCCUUGUUCACGCCCCCAUCUGGCAGCCAGGGAGGUGGCCGGGGACGGACCCCUGUUGUUGGUGUCAUUAGGGUAAUCUGGUUUUAUGUGACAUCAGCAAUUAGAUGCUCUUACCAGAAGGGGCGGAAGCCACAGAUUAAUAUUUAAUGGGGACGUGGAGGGGAAUCUAGCCAUUUUGUGAUCCUCAAAAUCUGUUUGUUUUCUGAUGCCAUUUUUCUGAGGUGGCCUCAGAUUAGGUAGCCUGCAGUUGAGCAGCUAACAGAUGACUUUUUUUUAAUGUAAUAAAAUAUUUGUCAUGUGUGACGGGA